AUGUUCACAGACGGAUCUAGUUCUGAAAAGGUGAAUCAACACGAAUUUGUGGAGCGUCCAGGUAGAUCUUUUGAUCCACAGGAUCCGGCUCUUUACCAUGAAGAUCUAGAGCUUCAAAAGAUACACACAGGCGGUGAUAAUCAUGAGUUCCUAUUCAUAGGGCGUCAGAAAUUCUUGAAAGAGGAUUUGUACUCAGCCUUUGGUGGUACGUUGAACCCAGGUCUAGCACCACCUUCUACACACAGAUUUGCCAAUCCUGCUCCAUUAGGUUUAUCUGCGUUUGCAUUAACUACGUUUGUGUUGUCGAUGGUGAACGCUGGUGCGAUGGGUGUUCAUAUACCAAACGUAGUGGUUGGUUUGGCUGCAUUUUAUGGUGGACUUGUACAGCUAGUGGCUGGAGUGUGGGAAAUAGCUUUGGAAAACACGUUUGGUGGGACGGCGUUGUCCUCAUUCGGCGGGUUCUGGAUGUCUUUUUCGGCUUUGUACAUCCCAUUUUUCAAUAUAUCAGAAUCAUACAAGGAUCACCCAGAAGAAUUUUCCUCGGCGGUCGGAUUUUUCUUGCUUGGCUGGGCAAUUUUCACGGCAGGAAUGACUCUAUGUACUAUGAAAUCUACCGUGGCCUUUUUUUCGCUAUUUUUCCUAUUGACUAUCACAUUCUUGCUCUUGUCAAUUGGAAGUUUCACACAAAAAACAGGUGUGACAAAGGCUGGAGGAGUGCUUGGGGUUGUUGUAGCGUUCAUUGCAUGGUAUGACGCAUUUGCAGGUUUGGCAACGAAAGAAAACUCGUAUGUCACUGUCCGCCCCUUUGCUUUGCCAAGACACUAG